AUGAGCUACUUUCGCGUCACCCUCAUGCGCUCCGCAAUCGGUCUCCCGCGCCGCUCAACAGAUGUGCUCAAGGCUCUCGGUCUGAAGAAGCGUAUGGCCACAGUUUUCCACCCCGUCUCACCAUCCGUCGCCGGUCAGAUCAUGAGAGUCAAGGAGCUGGUCCAAGUUGAGGAGUGCGAGAAGCGCCUCACGAAGCAAGAGGUGCACCUCGAGCGGAAACCUGAUCCCGGAUACUAUGUGGAGAAGACCGCAGCCCGGCAACAGAAGGAAUUGCACAUGCCAUAA